AUGAGUGACUCUAAAAUGAAAGGUGAGAACUCCUCACAGAUACGAGGCCCUGGUUCAACGUCUUUACCCUCAGCGGUCACUGGCGCGUUAAGCCAUAUGUCUGUAAUUGACACCAGCCUACGGGCAAUAACGGCAAAGAUGGACGCAUUUAAUACACUACAAGAAUCAGUAAACAAUAUGCAGAAAGAUUUAUGGAAUGGGGAUGGUUUAGACGAUAGAAUAACUUACAUCGCCCAACAACAUGAAGACAAUCAAUCUGAAAUUGAAACUCUAAAAAUGGAAAAUGUCACUCUCCGCAAAGAACUCCAACUGUUAAAAUCAAUCGUAGUAAAUUUAGACAGGAGAGUGACACAGCAAGAAAAAGAAAUUGUAGACCUGAGAGAAAGAUCAAUGAAAGAUAACAUUUUAAUUCAUAGUUUGCCAGAAGAGGACAUCGAAAAUCUCAAUACAAAAGUUCACCAGCUUAUUAGCGAGCACUUAAAACUUGAUGUCAAUUUUAUCAAGAUCCACCGCAAUGGGCCUCGCCUAUUAGGUAUUAAACCUAGAACCAUCACAGGAAAAUUGCAAGACCUCAAUGAUAAGGACCGGAUCCUCACAGCCCAGAGAGCAGUGCGCGAGAAAGAUAAAAAAGAGAAAAGGGAGAAGAGCACUAUACCGUUUUACAUCACGCCACAAACACCGGUGCAAAUCAACGAGAUUACAACACCCAGAGCUGAAGAUCUACUAUUUGUGGACGAAGCAGAGGAGGAAAAGUUAAACGAGAUAGAGGUAGUGCAUAGUGAUAGUAUCCAUGAGGGUGGCAAUGUUUUCACUGCGGUGGCAACAAAAGUGAAUGCAUACGCAGAGGUUAGAAACUUUUACAAAAAAGUCAUGAGUGACCCAAACUUCGCUAGCGCGCAUCAUAACGUCCUAGCCUAUCGAAUGCAAGACGCACAAGGAAACGUCCGCGACGGAUAUUGUGACGAUGGUGAAUACGGCGCAGGGCGGAGAGUAGUUCGGCUUCUAGGAGAUCAAAGUGCCACCAACGUAGCUUUUGUCAUUUCCAGAAAAUCGGGAAGUCAUAUUGGGUCCAGACGUUUUGAUAUCAUUUGUGAUGCCGUGCUUAAUGUUGCCAAUAAACUGUGA